UCCAGCCUGCACUCCCCGCUCGUGCCAACAUUUAACUCGCUGGCUCGCCCUCUGUUGCAUCUCGUCAAUCUUGUCCGUCCCACCACCUUUGUCUAGAUCUUCGCUUCCCUUUCCGCGAGCUCCGCCACGGCAUCUCAACUUGCGAGCACGUCCCGCCCGGUUUACGCGACCCGCGUACAUAACUACCACCGGGGGCCUGCCUUUGGGCUCAAUCCCCGACUACUAGCGUCAUCAGUCCUCACGACUCUCCCACGUCGCACGGCCGCCGAUUCGCCUCCAGCCUCGCUUUCCCACCCAAACACCCUUCGUUGUCACAGCCAACUCCAUUGACAGUUGCGAAUUUGACCUUCUGGUUUGUGGUCGCACUAACAUUAAAUACUGAUCUUGCUUUUUUGUUGCUUCACAUCGCUGCAGCUGUCGUCGUCUCUCGCCUCUUUACGCGAUAUUUCGCCUUCAACAUGGCAUCCUUCAGUCGCCAGUUCUCCACCGCCUCGCCAGUUCUCGCCAUGCAACCGCAAGCUUCUCAUCAGCACUCUCUACACACUGGCUUUUCGCAUCAGCAUCCGACACAUGCACCAUGCAGCACCGCGCCAUCCGAUCAGCCUGUGCCACAAUCCUCGGCUCGCACUGCUGGCAGGAAACGGUCUCGUGACGAAGCCGCGCACAAUCUCGAACCAGACGCGCCGGAACCCACUCCGUCAGAACAACAAGAAGAGUGGGUGUACGGAGAGGGCAUGGUACUCAUCAAGCCCAACGUCGGUUAUGUUGCAGACGCAAGCAGUCAGUCUGGUACAUGGCUGGAAGAGCAGAUGGCCGCCGAGGAGCGAGAGCGGCACCGCCGAGAGAUAGAGCAGCGCCCGAUCCUUCGAAGUCACAAGUCGCAACGAAUCGACGCCAGUCUCGAGCUCGGCGCGCCACCAGGUGCCUUCAACGGGGAACCGGCAGGCGCGCAAUUGUUCAAUGGCACUAUCGCGGCGACGACCACUGCCGGCGGCCCGGUUAUUGAUGAUUGCACCGUGCAACUCGGCAUUGGCUGGAGGAGGAUCAGUGACGACGAGCAUAUUCAAGCAGCCGCGCGAGGCUGGGCUCGCUUCAUCGAGAACCACUUUACUCUCGGCAACGUCCGCAUUUGCCUUGAGAGCAAAGGCCUGCAGUCAUAUCUCGUUGAGUCGUCGGAGGGCUACUUCCUCUUUGCCGAGGACCUGCGGUGCGGGCGCUUGGUCAGCAAGACUGUGGCUGGUGCUCUUCGCAACCUGCAGCAGUCCCCCCCCGUCUUUGACGGUGUCGAAAUCGAAAUGGGGUCCAACAGUGUCCUAGCCAGCAUACCGUCAACUGACUCUGAGAUGAGGAUAGACUAGGUGCUCACCCUCGAUCGUGGUUGCCCUGAUGAGGCAUUCUUCGUGCUUCUAUGGGCUGCACGCGAACUUCGGAACAUUUGCAACCAAAAGAAGGUGAAGAGGAAGUGUUUGUACAGUAUCGACCCUUGUCUCGCGGUCAGGAACAAGGUAUCUGCGCGCGUGGGUUUCUAAAUUCACAGUAUCAAUAGCAUCAUGUGUCUGAACUCCGAC